AAACAGGUGCAGGUUCAGUCAUCAUCAGCUCCCAAGCUAGUACUCUACUCCUAUUGGCAGAGCUCUUUUUCUUGGCGCGUUCGAUUUGCUUUGAAUCUUAAAGGACUUUCUUAUGAGUACAGGGCUGUCAAUCUUGAUAAAGGAGACCACUUCACUCCAGAAUUUGAGAAAUUAAAUCCCCUUCACUAUGUCCCAGUCUUGGUUGAUGGAGAUGUAGUUAUUUCAGACUCGUAUGCGAUUAUACUGCAUUUGGAACAAAACUAUCCUCAGAAUCCUUUGUUGCCAUCUGAUCCUCAACUUCGAGCAAUCAAUCUUCAGGCUGCAAGUAUUGUGUCAUCCAGUAUGCAGCCUCUUCACAUGAUGGCAAUCUUGAAAUAUAUCGAGGAAAAGUUUGGGCCUAAAGAGCGAGAAGCUUGGGUGCAGAUCCAUCUAGAGAAAGGCUUCUCUGCCCUCGAGAAGCUGCUGAAAGACCGUGCUGGCACGUAUUCUACAGGAGACACGGCUUAUAUGGCAGAUGUGUUCUUGGCUCCUCAAAUCGCAGUUGCUGCAAACAGAUUCAAAGUCGAUGUGUCAAAAUUCCCAACUUUGGAUGCAAUAUAUAAGUCCUGCAUUGCAUUGCCGGAGUUUGAGGCUUCUUUGCCGGAGAGACAACCUGAUGCUGUGCCAUAGUUCAAUUCUUGGGUUUUUUUUUUUAUAUUUAUAAAUAAACUAGUGUGAAAACUAGCAGUCUUUGAUGUGCACUCAAUAAACUCUCCCUACUUACAUAUAGAUUUCAUUUUUUCAA